UCGAUCUCCUCCUCCACUCCACCGCCACCGCCCGACCCCAAUGGCGUCGCCUCGCCGACGCUCCCUCCCCCUCCGCUUCUUGCUCAUCAUCAUCCCCGUUCCCCUCUUCCUCGUCUUCCUCCUCCACCACCGCUCCACUCAUCCCACCACCUCGCUCCUACGCACCGCCGACUCCGGCCCCAGCCCCGACCCCCGCCGCUUCUCCCUCCUCAUCAAGCUCCUCGCCUACGACCGUCCCACCGCACUCCGCCGCUGCCUCCGCUCCCUCGCCGCCGCGGACUACGACGGUGACCGCGUCGCGCUCCACGUCCUCCUUGACCACCGCCCGCCCAACUCCUCGCUGUCCUCCCUCGCCGCCUCGCACGAGAUCCUUGACUUCGUCGACGCGUUCCCGUGGCCGCACGGCGAGAAGCGCGUGCACUACCGCGCCGCCAACGCGGGGCUCCAGGCGCAGUGGAUCGAGGCGUGGUGGCCUGGCUCGGACGACGAGUUCGCCUUCGUCGUCGAGGACGACCUCCAGGUCUCGCCGCUCUACUACAGAUUCCUCAAGCGGGUCGUCAUGAAGUACUACUACGACCGUGAGAACUACAGCCCCUACGUGUUCGGCGCGUCGCUGCAGCGACCUCGGUUUGUUGCAGGUAAACAUGGAAACAAGAUACAGCUGGACAGUGAGACUCGGCUUUUCUUGUAUCAGAUGGUAGGUACCUGGGGCCAACUUCUCUUUCCAAAACCAUGGAAAGAAUUUCGACUAUGGUACGAUGAACACAAAGCCAAAGGACUCAAGCCUAUUCUCCAAGGCAUGAAAACUACAGGAUGGUAUAAAAAGAUGGGUGAGAGAAUAUGGACCCCUUGGUUCAUUAAAUUUGUGCACUCACGAGGAUACUUCAAUAUCUACACAAACUUCCUGAAGGAAAGGGCCCUCAGUGUCUCUCAUAGGGAUGCAGGUGUGAACUAUGGGAAAAGUGUUGGGCCAGAUUCUACUUUGUUGGAUGGGAAGAAGCUUGAUUUCAAUUUAUGGGAAUUGCAGCAUCUAAAGAAGCUAAGGUGGUAUGAUUUUUGCUUUGAUGAAGUUCUUCCAGGAAGAGUUGUUAGAAAAGUUAGUGAACUUGUUUCUAUGCUCAAAUCAGUGCAACUAAAAAGUACUGUUGUACUUAUAAGUUUGUACUCAGUAGAAGAGAGAUUUGCAAGAAACUUGAUUUGCCAUCUUGACAAGGCAGACAUGCAGAACUACAUUUUCCUUGGUGAUGAUUCAGAGUUUCUGGAUGAUAUUGCUCAUAGAGGAUAUCCCGUCAUUAAUGGCAUUGGAUUUCUUCAGAGCAUCAAAAUGAGUGGUUUUGUGGGCUCUGAUGAUUUUGCUAAGCAAACAUUGGUUAAAUCUCAUGUGAUAAAAGCUUGCUUGGACCUAGGCUAUAAUCUAUGGCUGCUAAACGGGAAUCUGAUUUCACUUGGCACUAAGUUGAUUGAACCAUCAGAUCAGUCAGCUGACUUCUUUACUGCAGAUGUAGGGUUGGUAUUUAUAAGGAGCUCACUAGAGUCGAAAAAAGCAUGGAGUGAACUUACUAUGUCGAGAGUUCAAACGAUGUGUACUUCUAGUGAUUUUUCUGCUUCCCUGAAACAGAAGAGUUUUGUUCAUAUACUGACCGAAGUGUUGGCAAGCAGUGCUCGUGCUAGACUGGGAAAACUGGAUGAGGGGAUCCGAGUUAUUGAAUUAGGGCCUAACACCUCAAGCAAAUCAAUAUCAGAAGGUCAAAGUAAUGUACUUUUCUGGUCUCACAGUAUGGCUUCGGAUUCAGUUCAAAAGCAACUUGAAAAUAUGGAUUUAUGGUUGAUUGACUCAGAUUCGUCUUGUAGCGCUGUUGUUUGUCACCAAAAGCAGAGGUAGCCUUUGUUGUUUUGGCACAUUACUUUUUCUCCCCAGAAAAACAUUGAUGUGUCCUCAAAGGGGUCCAAGCAAACAGGGUGCUUUGCUCCUACUUUGCAAAACAUGUGAUGACAUUUACCUUAGGAUGCUGCAGGAUCAGAUUAUAUGACCUUGAAGCUGUGCAAUCAAAUGUGUCUGUUGUUGAUUACAGUUGGUUAUGCCACUGAAGAUAACCAUUUUGGAGUUCUGCUUCUGUCAUGAACUAUGUGCCGAACAAGCUAUAACUUUAAGGUCUUGUAUACCUGGAUGUUUUAUUGGUUUGGUGAGGGUAAAGUAUUUAGUUGGCUAAGCAGCUAAUUCAACUCAUGGGGAUAGUUUUGGGUAUGCUAUUGAUGCUGUGGACCACGUCGAUUGCAAUGCCCCAACUACGAUCCCUGCAGCACUAAAUCAUGGGAGGCUGAAACCGAUAUGCUCAGAGCAAUGACAUUGCAAAGGAUCCAGAGCACGCGAUGCCACUCCUACGGGACAGAUUUAACGGAGGGGGAGAGAAUCCCCACCUGAUUCAUUCAUUCAUUCAUUCGGCCCUAAAAGACCUGAUUGUUUACAAAGGCUACAAUUUUUGAAAGGCUUACAUUGCCAAAGAAAAGAUUGAGCACCAGUGCACCACUGAUCACCCAGAAGAUAACUGUGGCACGGUACCAUUCAGCAUCAUUUGGUGUCAUUAGCAGAAAAGUGAUCAUUUACAUGAAUUUGGUCUUCUUACAUGUACUGCAACAGUUUUCUGAUGAAAGAAAAUCUUGCAGCUUGUUUUUUUA